AUGGCCGACGACAUCGUCAUCGACAAGCAGCUGUUCCACGAGCGCCUGAGCAGCUUGGUCACCAAAUGGAAAGCCGACAAGCGCUCUGGCGACCAGAUUUUCCAGGGCGCAGGCUCGAUUGCGGCCGUGGUGGGCAAGCCGAGUGAUCCAGGCAGCUAUUUGAAGCCCGCCGCAUUUCAGCUUUGGCUGCUAGGCUACGAAUUUCCCCACACACUAUUCAUCCUUACACCCGAGCUGCUCCAAAUUGUCACAACCAAAAAGAAGGCAUCAUACCUGGAGCCUUUGAAGGGUGGCAAGGUCCCCGUCGAGAUUCUGGUCCGAGGCAAGGAUCCCGAGGAGAACAAAAAGCAGUUUCAAACAUGCUUGGACACCCUCAAGAAGGCGGGCAAAAAGGUCGCUGUUCUCAAGAAGGACAACUCGACCGGAGCAUUCGCCGAGGAGUGGAAGGCUGCGUUCCAGGAGGCGGGCUACAAGGACGAGGACCAGGUCGAUCUUGGCCUUCUCCUAUCCAACGCUGCCUUGUCUGUGAAGGAUGAGAGAGAGCUCCGAGCGAUCCGCGAUGCAUCCCGAGCCUCAAGCGCUCUCAUGACCAACUUUUUCGUGGAAGAAAUGUCCGAUAUUCUCGAUUCAGAGAAGAAGAUCACCCACCGCGCUCUCGCCGACAAAGUUGCGAACAAAAUCGACGACGCAAAGUUCUUUGAGAAGCAGAAGGUUUCCAAGAACUUCGAUACCAUGCAGAUGGACUGGUGCCUGCAGCCUACGAUCCAGAGUGGAGGCGCAUACGACCUGAAAUUUGCCGCCGAGCCCGACGAGAACAACCUGCACGCAGGCGUCAUCAUCUCGGUCCUUGGUCUCCGCUACAUGACAUACGGCGCUAUGGUUGGUCGUACUUAUAUGGUGGGACCGAACAAGGAGCAAGAGUCAGCAUACAAGCUUCUUUUGGCGAUCCACGACCUAGUUAUCAAGUCGAUCAAGGACGGUGUUGUGGCAAAGGAUGUUUACAACAAGGCUCUUGCACAUCUCAAGGCGAAGAAGCCCGAGUGGGAGAAGCACUUCCCCAAGAAUGUCGGCUACGGUAUUGGUACCGAGAACAAGGAUACUUCCUUGCUUCUGAGCGGCAAGAACACACGAGUCUUGAAAGACGGUAUGACACUGGUGGUUCAGACGGGCCUGCAAGACUUGGAGAACAGCAAGCCACAGGACAAGAAAAGCAAGUCGUACUCGCUUGUGCUCGUCGACACUGUUCGCGUGGGUCAGGCUGACUGCGCCGUCUUCACGAAGGAGACUACUUCAGAUCUCGAUGCUGUGUCAUUCUUUUUCGACGACGAAGAGGAGGAGGUCAAGCCCAAGGUCAAGAAGGAGCGGGCGCCAGCGAUCGCGCAAACCAACAUCACGAAGACGCGGACGCGACACGAGCGCACCACCAACCAGGAUGCCGAGAAGGAAGAACAACGACGAGCUCAUCAGAAAGAACUUCACCAGAAGAAGCAGAAGGAAGGCUUGGAGCAAUACACCGAAGGCGCCAAGUCUCUCAACGGCACUGAAGAGAAAAAGUUCAAGAAGUUCGAGUCGUACAAGCGCGACAACCAGUUCCCUGCCUCUGUCGCAACGCUAGAAAUCGUUGUUGACAAGAAGAGCCUGACCGUUCUCCUUCCAAUUAUGGGUCGCCCUGUACCCUUCCAUAUUCACACCAUCAAGAACGCUUCCCACACGCCUGAGGCCGACUUCACAUCUCUGCGUAUCAACUUCCUGUCACCAGGUCAGGGUGUAGGCAGGAAAGAUGACCAGCCUUUCGAAGAUCCCAACGCGCACUUCAUUCGUAGCUUGACAUUCAAGUCACAAGACGUCGAUCGUAUCGACCAGAUCUGCAAGGACAUCACCGAGCUCAAGAAGGACGUCGUGCGGAGAGAGACGGAGAAGAAGCAGAUGGAGGAUGUUGUUGAGCAGGACAAGCUCAUCCCGCUCAAGACUCGCAAACCCUUCAACCUUGAUCUCAUCUUCAUCCGACCAGCGCUCGACGGCAAGCGCAUUCCUGGGAGCGUCGAGAUCCACCAGAAUGGUUUACGAUACAUCCAUGGCAACGGCUCAGCGAAGAUCGACGUACUCUUCAGCAACAUGAAGCAUCUUUUCUUCCAGCCUUCACAACACGAGCUGAUCGUCAUCAUACACGUUCACCUCAAGAACCCAAUCAUGCUUGGUAAGAAGAAGACCAAGGAUGUCCAGUUCGUCCGCGAAGCCACCGAGAUGCAAUUCGACGAGACUGGUAAUCGCAAGCGCCGCCACAAGUUUGGUGACGAGGAAGAGUUUGAGCAAGAACAGGAAGAGCGCAGGCGACGUGCAGCCCUCGACAAGGAGUUCAAGAACUUCGCCGAGAAGAUUGCCGACGCCGCACGUAACGAGAAUGUCAGCGUCGACAUUCCCUACCGUGAGCUUGGUUUCAACGGUGUCCCAUCGCGCUCCUCGGUCCUCGUGCAGCCCACUACCGACUGUCUUGUCCAACUGACCGAACCACCUUUCACAUGUCUCACGCUCUCCGAGAUUGAAAUCGUACAUCUCGAACGUGUGCAGUUCGGUCUGAGGAACUUCGACAUGGUGGUUGUAUUUACGGACUACAACCGCCCACCGGUGCAUAUUAACACUAUCCCGGUGGAGUCACUGGAUCCUGUAAAAGACUGGCUCGACUCCGUCGACAUUCCAUUCACCGAGGGACCGCUCAACCUCAACUGGGCCACCAUCAUGAAGACGGUGACUUCGGACCCACAUCAAUUUUUCGCAGACGGUGGAUGGUCAUUCCUCUCCACCGAAUCAGAUGACGAAGGCGGUGACGAGGAGGAAGAAGAAUCAGCAUUCGAAGUCUCGGAAUCUGAGCUCGCCAUCUCAGAUGAAAGCUCAGAGGAGAGUGAUUUCGAUGAGAACGCAUCUGAAGAGAUGAGCGAUGAGGGCAGCGAAGAUGAAUUCAGCGAGGGUGAAAGCUGGGAUGAGUUGGAUAAGAAGGCUGCCAAGAAGGACAAGGAGAGUGCACAUGCGGAGGAUGAGGACGACGGCAAAGGGAAGAAGAGGAAGCGAUAA